CAGCCCCGGUGGCACCGGUGUCACCAGCCCCUGUCCCUGUCCCGGGCUGCCUCACGAGGCCGCAGGGUGCGCGGGCGGUUUCGCUUUGCCGUCUCCUCGUGCAGCCACUUCCUGGCCUGCGAGUGGCGGAGGGCAAAUUUAGUCUGCUGGAGCUUGAGAAAAAAAAAAAAGAAAUUAAAAAAAAGUCCCCAAAUUUAAACCUCAAACCAACGCUUUUGUUUGAGGGACCCUCCCCGCCGCCAGCCCGGCCCCUUUUAAACGCCAUCCCCGUCCCACGGAGCUCCAGGAGCAGCUUCAGGAGCAGCCUCGGGGUUUGGGCCCCGAGCCCGGCGGAGGAGGCCAAAAUGGGCCGCAAAAAAAUCCAGAUCAGCCGCAUUUUGGACCAGCGGAACCGGCAGGUGACCUUCACCAAGCGGAAAUUCGGGCUGAUGAAGAAGGCGUACGAGCUGAGCGUGCUGUGCGACUGCGAGAUCGCGCUCAUCAUCUUCAACAGCACCAACCGCCUGUUCCAGUACGCCAGCACCGACAUGGACAAGGUGCUGCUCAAGUACACCGAGUACAGCGAGCCCCACGAGAGCCGCACCAACUCCGACAUCCUCGAGACGCUCAAGCGCAAAGGGCUGGGGCUGGAGAGCCACGAGCUGGAGCUGGACGAGGGCCCGGAGCCUCCCGGGGACAGGAGCAGGAGGCUCGGAGAGGGCGCGGAUCUGGCCCUGGCGCGGCCCAGGUUUUAUAGCCCGGUGCCGCUGCCCGAGGCCGCCUACGGCAGCUCCCCGCCGGGCCCCGAGGGCUCCCUGGGCUCCCCGCAGGGCCCGGGCCGCCCCCCCGCCCUCAGAGCCGCGGCCCCCAAAGCACCGGGACGGUCCCCGGGGCCGCUGCCCCCAGGGCUCGGCUACCCCCUGUUCCCCGCCGCCAGCCUGGGCCGCGCCCUGGCCACCAAGACGCCGCCGCCGCUGUUCCUGGGGACCGAGGGCCGGCGCGGGGACAGCCAGGGCGGCCUGGCCGGCGGCCGGAGCGGCGGCACCGCGGCGCGGCCGCUGUACCCCGCCCUGCAGACGCUGAGCCCCGGCAGCUCCGGCCUCCCGAGCCACGGCCUGGCCGGAUUCCCCUUCCUCAGCCCGGCCCCGGCGGAUUUUGGGGCUGGGGAGGUCCCGGCGCCCCCCGGAUUCCUGCAGCCCCCCCAGGCCUGGCAGCACCCUCGGGACGUGGCAGCGCUGGGGGCCAGCAGCCGGAUGGUCCCCGCGGAGGAGCCACCCGCUGCCGCUGUCGCUGCCGCUGUCGCUGUCCCCGGAGCGUCCCCGCAGCCCAUCAGCAUCAAAUCCGAGCGGGUGUCGCCGGGGCUGGGCUGUGCCCCGGGCACCCCCCAGCCCCCCCUGGCCCCCCUGGCGCCCCUCAGCGAAGCCCCCCGAGCCCCCGGCGAGCUCCAGCCCCGCGAUGGCUUCGCCAAGAGCUUCCCCCCGUUCGCGGCGCGGCCGCUGCCGGACGAGCCGAGGGCGGCUGUCCCCGCUGUCCCCGCUGUCCCCGCUGUCCCCGCGCGGAGGGGACAGCCCGCGGACGUUUGGCAGAGAUAGCGAGGCCGGCGGGGCGCGGGCAGGGGGAGCAGCCCCCGCUCCUGCCCCACCUGAGCCCCUCGGGACCCCCCUGUGCCCCCGGUGCCACCGAGCCCCCUCGGGAGCUGCGGCCGUGUCCUGUGCGGUGGCGCUGGGCGCUGUCCCCGCCUGUCCCCGCCUGUCCCCAGCGUGUCCCCAGCAGCCGGAGUGGCCGGGAAGUGCCACGCGGUGGCAGCAGGACUGAGAGCAGCGGCGGCGGCUCCAAACCGGCAGCCCCGGCCCGAUCCCGCGGCCAGGGGACAGGGGAGGGGACACGGGACACGGCCAGGGGACAGGGGACAGGAACUGGGGACAGCGCUGCGCCCCCAGCCAGGGGCUCUUUUCUAUUUAUUAUCUUCGCACUA